AGAUUGCCAAUCUUCCAAGGUCCUUCUUCGUCGUUCCUAGUGCCGCUCCUGGCCUUGCAGCGUGAUCCCGUGUGGCAGUGCAAGAAGACACAGCCCAGCACACAAAAUGAAGGUAUUUAAUCUAAACUGACGCAAUCACCACCAGUACUUCAACUGUUCAAACCUGCGCUUCUGUUCGUGUAAUUGUAAUUGCACCACGCCAAUGUAAAUACAACUAAUGGCGGCCAUGUGAUGUUGACUGAUUUUCUGUUUAAACAUAUUGAUAGCGAUAGCUCUGAAAAAAAAACCACCAACAAAAAACCCCCCGAAAAAACAACAGCUCAACAAAUCAGUGAAAUGACUACAAGUCGGUUCUUUUCAUAUUUAAAUUGACCGUGUUAUUUCGUUUAUCGCUCAAAUAUUUAUGUGGUCCACUGUGUUGUCCACAGCGUCAACAGAGAGCUGGUUAUCGAACGUUACUGUAGCAACCAACGCGUCAUCGAUUGGGGAACAGUUCGACCCGUUAGCUGGGAUCAUGUGGAGGCUGCAAGAGGUAGGUCCUGCACUGCUGAUAGGUCAACCCUGGGAUCACGUGGAGGCCGCAAGAGUUAGGUCCCACAAUGGUGAUAGGUCAACUCUGGGAUCACGUGGAGGCUGAACGAGGUAGGUCCUGCACCGGUGAUAGGUCAACCCUGGGAUCACGUGGAGGCCGCAAGAGGUAGGUCAUACAUCAAUGAUAGGUCAACCCUGGGAUCACGUGGAGACUGCAAGAGGUAGGUCCUGCACUGGUGAUAGGUCACUCUGGGAUCGCGUGGAGGCCGCAAAAGGUAGGUCAUACAUCGAUGAUAGGUCAACCCUGGGAUCAUGUGGAGGCUGCAAGAGGUAGGUCAUACUCUAUGCUAUGUCAACCCUGGGAUCACGUGGAGGCCGCAAGAUGUAGGUCAUGCACUGGUGAUAGGUAAACUCUGGGAUCACGUGGAGGCCGCAAGAGGUAGGUCAUGCACUGGUGAUAGGUCAACCCUGGGAUCACGUGGAGGCCGCAAGAGGUAGGUCAUACAUUGGUGAUAGGUCAACCCUGGGAUCGCGUGGAGGCCGCAAGAGGUAGGUCAUACAUUGGUGAUACGCCCCAACUUUGGGAUGGUUUCAGAAAUGAAUAUCAGGAUGAGUAAAAGAGUUUGUAUUAAACAUGGAAGAGAAAUAUUGUCAAAAUUCAAAUGACCUAGUUUUUUGUCACUCAAAAAGAAGACGCAUUUAAGUUCUUUAAAUCUAUUUCAUAUCUCCCAUGCCUGUUUAAUUUGAAUUACAUAAAACUCAUUUUAAGGUAAACAAUUCCGGAUGUCAUAUGACGCAUUUAACAUUGUUUAACCCAAACAAUAAUGGGAGUAACUUUUAUAAAUGAUUGUUUUCAAUUAGUAUUUCGGAUUCACUGAAUCGGGUCCAUGAGCCCCGUAAUUGUAAAUACCAACAGUUUGAGCAUAUCAUUUGAUCCCAUUAUGUAUUUUCUCGAGGUGACUGACCGUAUCCCAGGUAUACUUGUAUUAUGUGGUUAUUGUUCAGUUAUUGGGACAUUGUUAUGAGGAUAAUUAAACAGUUCCUGCGCCGUAGUUAUGAGCAGAGGCUGUGCACUGUAAUGUAUGUUUUAUCACUGUACUUAUCCGACCAAAUAAAGAUAAAUAUCAAGGCGGAUUAAAACUUCCGAUACACUAAAGCAGGAUACGCCCGUGGCUUAACACUGUGCAAUCUCCCCCCCCCCCCCACAGAUGGCUGGCGCUCUGAUGGUGGCGUCCUUGGUGGAAGUGCUCCUCGGUGGUUUCGGUCUGCUGGGCCUCAUGCUACAUUUAUCACUGUACUUAUCCGACCAAAUAAAGAUAAAUAUCAAGGCGGAUUAAAACUUCCGAUACACUAAAGCAGGAUACGCCCGGGGCUUAACACUGUGCAAUCCCCCCCCCCCCCCCACAGAUGGCUGGCGCUCUGAUGGUGGCGUCCUUGGUGGAAGUGCUCCUCGGUGGUUUCGGUCUGCUGGGCCUCAUGCUACGCUUCAUCGGUCCGAUCACAGUGGCGUGCACCAUCUCCCUCAUCGGCGUCUCUCUGUUCAGGCUGCCCACCAUCUACUCACGGCCCAAUUUCAUCGUGGCCUUAAGGUAUAAGGCAUGUUCUUUUACAAAGGUGACCCGCGCUUACACAACAAGCAGUCUCCAAAUAGCGUUGGUCGUGAUGUAAUUAAGUGAACAGCUUUAUAGCACACCAAAUAACUGCCUCAGGUUGCUAAAGUAAUACAUUGAUGAUAAUGUGUUAUUUUCAAUUUUCAAAUUAUAUCUAUAGAAUAAAUAGACAAAGCUUGAAAGACAGAGUUAUGCAAUUAAUGAAACUUCGAAAAUAGUAUGUUUAAAUUUAUAACAUCCAUGCAGCCUGCAUCUCUCUUUAGUACUGUUAAAGAUACUUACUAAUAUCUUUGCCAGAUUCUUAUUAACUACAAAGAUGUGAUUUUAAAAAAAAAAUUAUUUAUUUUGGUUUCGUUUGGUUUGGUUUUGGUUUGGUUUGAUUCAGCACACUCAAAAGAUCCCGGAAAACGCUACAGAGCUCAACUAUGACUAACAGCUUAGUCUUAAGGACUGCUACUUUUUUUUGUAUGUUACUUUCUCAUGAAGGCUUCUUGCCGACACGUUCGUUGUUUUGUUGCGUUCUUUUUUUCAGGUUUUCCCAUGUUUUGUUUCAUUCAUUUCCUAGUCUUAAAGAGGUAUUUUAAUGGAUCGAAAUUUGCCAAUUUCUGGAUGAAAAAAUAUAAAUAAUAAGUUUGUUAUAUUUUCGAAUCGGUGCGAGAGGAAAAAAAAGGGCGGAUAAAUAGGAAACACCAGUUUGUACCUACAAAAAUGUAGGCUCUGAACAAUUCUAUAUUCUAUUGUUUAGAUAGUUUCUGUAUGAUUCUAGUUUUAAUAAAUUAUUUUUUCCCUUCACAUUCAUAUGUUAUAAAUUAAUUUUUUGUUUAAAAAGAAAGUUUUAAACUCGAUUUACUGCUUUAUUUAAUUUCCACAGCUGCAUGGUACUUGUCAUGAUCUUCAUACUCUACUUACCUAAGGUCAAAGUUCCAUUACCGAGGAUAGGCAAGGGGAGUAAGUCAAAACCGAGACCAAGAUUUGCAGUCUUCCAGCUGAUUCCCGUAAGUGUCUACAUCUCACUUUAUCGUCUCCCUUAAUUUUGAAGCCCCUUCGAUUUUGGCGAAGGAAAUUCCGGCCCUGGUGAUUGUGUCUUCAAUGUUAUUUCAUUUUUGACGUAAUGGCGUAAUACGACAUUGACGGCCUCCAUGUGUUCCAGAUUCUUCUUGGCGUCAUCAUCAUGUGGAUUGUUGUGUGGAUACUGACGCUGUGCAACGUGUUCACGGAUGACAAGAAGGACGAGGGGUACAUGGUGAGGGCCGAUGCCAAACUCGACAUCAUCCACAGCUCAGACUGGUUCCACUUUACAUACCCAGGUAGUUCUACAGUAAAAAACUGUUUUAAAAUUAAACUUCUAAAGUAAAUGUCAAAGUAAAAGCCAUUGCGAUCAUUGAACUGAAUGUCAUUCUUACUGCUGAAGUUGAAUCAAAUCAAAUCAAAUCAUUUAACGCCACUUGCCAAAACACAUAUCAUCUUUAAAUAAACAUUUAAAUAAUACAUUUAUUCUGGAUACCACAGAAUAAGUAGCAGAACAAGGUGUGCAAUCUUGAAAUGGAAAGACAGGACAAUAAAAGAAGAAAGUUUCGGCAGAGAGCCUUCCUCGGCAGACAGGAGAAAAAUUAUUUCUUCAAUUGUCUUGUGUGCAUCGGAAGGCUCUUAGCCAAAACGUUCGUCUUUCAUUGUCCCGUCCUCCUAUUUCAAGCUUCCACAUACCUUGCUCUGUUAGUUCCUUCACACGGCUUGAACGCAGUCCUUAAUUUAUUACACACAAGAAAUAAUAUGUUAUUCGACCAUGCACAUUGAAACAGAUAAUUGUGAUGGAGGUCUUAGAACACUCACCUUUAGAAGACUUAAAUUUAAUCUAGGAUUAAUGCUGAUAAAAAUUUAUUUAACUCAGGCAAUGUUAUUAAUUUUUUUUCCACAGUGGCUUGGGAAAUAAUUAUUUUAUAUACACGGUAGCCGAUUCUUUACCGUAAUUAUUUUGAAACUAUAAAUAAAAACAUGUUUUCCCAUGAAAUCCCCAAUUCAGAAUAAAAACAACAAUAACAACAACACAAACAAAUAAGAACUAUUUAAUACAAUUAUGAAUCUAAACCUGAAUGUUACCAAGAAGUCUUCUUAAAUUUCAUUAAAAAAAAUUCUUAGGUCAGUUUGGAUCGCCUAAGUUAAAUGUCGCCUUGACCAUUGGCUUCCUGGUGUCUUGCAUGAGCUCCGUGGUCGAGUCGGUGGGAGAUUACUACGCCGCACAGCAAGCCUGUGAGCUGUCCAAGGUCCCUGACCACGCCAUUUCCAGGGGGAUAUUGGUUGAGGGGAUCGGAAGCGUCAUAUCAGGAGCCGUGGGCGCUGGACAUGCGACAACGUCAUACAGCGGCAACAUUGCUGUGUUGACGUUGUCAAAGGUAAACUUUGGUGGUCAUCCGUUAACUCCAAAAUAGUGGUGGUCAUAUGUUAGCUUCACCAUAGUGGUGGUCAUAUGUUAGCUUUACCAUAGUGGUGGUCAUCUGUUAGCUUCACAAUAGUGGUUGUCAUCUGUUAACUUUACCAUAGUGGUGUCAUCUGUUAGCUUUACCAUUGUGGUGGUCAUCUGUUAGCUUUACCAUAGUGGUUGUCAUCUGUUAGCUUUACAAUAGUGUUGGUCAUCUGUUAGCUUUACCAUAGUGGUUGUCAUCUGUUAGCUUUACCAUAGUGGUGGUCAUCUGUUAGCUUUACCGUAUUGGUGGUCACUUGUUAGCUUUACCGUAGUGGUGGUCAUCUGUUAGCUUUACCGUAGUGGUGGUCAUCUGUUAGCUUUACCGUAGUGGUGGUCACUUGUUAGCUUUACCAUAGUGGUGGUCAUCUGUUAGCUUUACCGUAUUGGUGAUCACUUGUUAGCUUUACCAUAGUGGUGGUCAUGUGUUAGCUUUACCGUAGUGGUGGUCAUCUGUUAGCUUUACCAUAGUGGUGGUCAUCUGUUAGCUUUACCAUAGUGGUGGUCAUCUGUUAGCUUUACCAUAGUGGUGGUCAUUUGUUAGCUUUACCGUAGUGGUGGACAUCUGUUAGCGUUACUAUAGUGGUGGUCAUCUGUUAGCGUUACCGUAUUGGUGGUCACUUGUUAGCUUUACCAUAGUGGUGGUCACUUGUUAGCUUUACCAUAGUGGUGGUCACUUGUUAGCUUUACCGUAGUGGUGGUCAUCUGUUAGCUUUACCAUAGUGGUGGUCAUCUGUUAGCUUUACCAUAGUGGUGGUCAUCUGUUAGCUUUACCAUAGUGGUGUCACUUGUUAGCUUUACCAUUGUGGUGGUCACUUGUUAGCUUUACCGUAGUGGUGGUCAUCUGUUAGCUUUACCAUUGUGGUGGUCAUCUGUCAGCUUUAUCCAAGGUAAUGUUUGGUGGUUAUAUGUUAACUCUAUCCUAGAUAAAUUUCUGUGUUUAUGUGUUAACUUUAUCCAAGGUAAUCUUUAUCCUAGGUAAACUUUGGUGGUCAUCUUAUAAUAUGAAAUUUCUCCUCACACAUACUUUAUCCAAUGUUAAAACUUCCCAGUUCCAAUGACGAACCUCUAAUUUCUCUUGUUACAGACCGUUAGCCGUGUUGUCAUGUAUGUCGCCGGAGGACUCCUGAUCUUUGUCUCAUUGUUUGGCAAAGUGGGAGCAGCGCUGACGACCAUCCCGAAUCCAAUACUGGGUGAGUUAAACGUUUAGUGAUAGCCACAUGUUGGGCUCGUGCCAAGAAGGGCUUGAAAGAUGCCUUACGUGGCUUUUUCUGGAGCGUUCUUCCACUUCCAAAUGAAAGAAAAAUAAUUAUUAGCAUUAUGCAAACAUUUAUUCUUCUUAUCCCUUAGAUUCGACUUCAAAUUUUCAUAUUUUUCGUGGAUAUCGUUACACGUUCACUUGUUCAAGUGUAAUUUAAUAUCGGUGUUGUAUUUGGUAACGUCUCGUUGACAGGAGGGGUGUUGAUGAUCAUUGUGGGCACCCUGCUGUCCAUCGGGCUUUCCAGUCUGAGAGACGUGGACAUGACGUCAUCACGAAAUCUCCUGGUCGUGGGUUUGCCAUUCAUGGCUGGCAUUGUGGUACCUGCUGGCCUUGAGAUGUACCCCAAUCUUAUAAACACAGGUGAGAAAACGUUCAGAAUGUAUACCUUCUCUGCCCCUGUGGUACCUGCUGGGCCAAAUAAUAUGAUUAAACGUCAGAAUACAUUCAGAAUGUAUACCUUCUCUGCCCCUGUAGUACCUGCUGGCCCAAAUAAUAUGAUUAAACGUCAGAAUAAAUUCAGAAUGUAUACCUUCUGGCCCAAAUAAUAUGAUUAAACGUCAGAAUACAUUCAGAAUGUAUACCUUCUCUGCCCCUGUGGUACCUGCUGGCCCAAAUAAUAUGAUUAAACGUCAGAAUACAUUCAGAAUGUAUACCUUCUCUGCCCCUGUGGUACCUGCUGGCCCAAAUAAUAUGAUUAAACGUCAGAAUACAUUCAAAUUGUAUACCUUCUCUGCCCCUGUGGUACCUGCUGGCCCAAAUAAUAUGAUUAAACGUCAGAAUACAUUCAGAAUGUCUUACCCCAUCCUGUCAUUACUGUACCAGCUGGCCUAGAGAUUCACUCCAAUCUCAUAAGUACGUCCGCAAACCACAUUCAUUUUAAUUAGUGUCAACAGGGAUAUAGUGUAUUUAAUGGCAAUCAAUAGCUAUUUUUCUAUCUAGAAAAAAUCUUAGACUGAGUCCAAGUGCAUAUAAAACAUCGUCACAAUAAGACUAGAUCGGAUUUAAUCUUUCUGCAAGUUUGUAGUGAGCAAAGUCUACAAGCAAAGAAAAUAUCUUAUUACCUGACAAUUAAAUAUUCAAUUUUCGGAACCUAUUUGAAUCUUAAAAUAAACUCAUCUCCAUUUUAAAGCCCUCUCUAUGACAUACAUAUCUCUGAAAUAUACACACAUUUUUCUCUGAAAUAAAACCGUAUCUGUUAAACGCCCAUCUCUCGUAGAAACUUCUUGUAUAAACAUGUAAAAUCUAUUUUUGUAUGAAGCAAUCUUUCUCUAUAAAUCCAAUGAAAAACGAAUCGCCUACAUACAUACUUCUCUCGUAUGAACCCAUGGCAUAACACCAUGUUAUAUAAACACCGUCAUUGAUCCCUUAUCUGAUAAAACACCGUCAUUGAUCCCUUAUCUGAUAAAACACCAUCUCUGAUAAAACACCAUCUCUGAUAUAACACCAUCCCUGAUGUAACACCAUCUCUGAUAAAACACCAUCCAUGAUAUAACACCAUCUCUGAUAAAACACCAUCUCUGAUAAAACACCAUCUCUGAUAAAACACCAUCUCUGAUAAAACACCAUCUCUGAUAUAACACCAUCCUUGAUAAAACACCAUCUCUGAUAAAACACCAUCCAUGAUGUAACACCAUCUCUGAUAAAACACCAUCCAUGAUGUAACACCAUCUCUGAUAAAACACCAUCCAUGAUGUAACACCAUCCAUGAUAUAACACCAUCUCUGAUAAAACACCAUCUCUGAUAAAACACCAUCUCUGAUAAAACACCAUCUCUGAUAAAACACCAUCUCUGAUAAAACACCAUCUCUGAUAAAACACCAUCUCUGAUAUAACACCAUCUCUGAUAAAACACCAUCUCUGAUAAAACACCAUCCAUGAUAUAACACCAUCUCUGAUAAAACACCAUCUCUGAUAAAACACCAUCUCUGAUAAAACACCAUCUCUGAUAUAACACCAUCCCUGAUGUAACACCAUCUCUGAUAUAACACCAUCCAUGAUAUAACACCAUCUCUGAUAAAACACCAUCUCUGAUAAAACACCAUCUCUGAUAUAACACCAUCUCUGAUAAAACACCAUCCAUGAUGUAACACCAUCUCUGAUAAAACACCAUCUCUGAUAAAACACCAUCUCUGAUAUAACCCAAUCUCUGAUAAAACACCAUCUCUGAUAUAACACAAUCUCUGAUAAAACACCAUAUCUGAUAUAACACCAUCUCUGAUAUAACACCAUCUCUGAUAUAACACCAUCUCUGAUAUAACACCAUCUCUGAUAUAACACCAUCUCUGAUAUAACACCAUCUCUGAUAAAACACCAUCUCUGAUAUAACACCAUCUCUGAUAAAACACCAUCUCUGAUAAAACACCAUCUCUGAUAUAACACCAUCUCUGAUAAAACACCAUCUCUGAUAUAACACCAUCUCUGAUAAAACACCAUCUCUGAUAUAACACCAUAUCUGAUAUAACACCAUCUCUGAUAUAACACCAUCUCUGAUAUAACACCAUCUCUGAUAUAACACCAUCUCUGAUAUAACACCAUCUCUGAUAUAAUACCAUCUCUGUUAUAACACCAUCUCUGAUAUAACACAACGUCUGAUUUAAAACAAUACCCGAUGGAGCACGAUCUCUGUUAAAACACACUUUCUGGCUGUCGCAAACUCAUUGUAUCGGUAUCUGGUUGUCUUCUUGCAGGCGUGGAGGAAGCAGACAGGACGAUCAACGUCAUUCUCGGCACUCCGAUGUUUUUGGGAGGAUUUCUGGCAAUGUUUCUGGACAACACGGUUCCAGGU